CCACCGCCGCGUGCCGACCUCCCGGACACCCGGCUCCCGCGAACGCAUCCUCCCCUUCUCCUCCACAUUUCCGUGAACGAUUCCAACCGAAACCCUAACCCUAGGGGGGAGGGAAGGAUGAGGCCGUCGGUGGCGCUGGGCGGCGGCGGGAGGCGGAAGGCGGGCGCGGCUGCCGCCGCCGCGAGCCGGGAGUGGCUGGUUGUGCCGGCGUCGGGGCAGGCGCGGGUGGAGGAGGCCGGGAAGCACGCGGUGAUGGCGCGGACGGGGCUGCCGGCGCGGGACCUGAGGGUGCUGGACCCGCUGCUGUCGUACCCUUCCACGAUCCUGGGCCGGGAGCGCGCCAUCGUCGUCAACCUGGAGCGCGUCAAGGCCGUGAUCACCGCCGCCGAGGUGCUGCUCCCCAACUCCAAGGACCCCGCCUUCUCGAGCUUUGUCUGCGACCUGCAGGCCCGCGUUCUCGCCUCGUCCUCCGACCAGGCUGCAGAGUUUACUGAUAUGGAUGGCGAAUCAUCUGCGGUUACUUCACCAUUUCCUGCUCUGAUUUCAUCCAAAGCAAACGGAGUGGGGAUGGCUAACAUGAAUGCCAAUGUGGUAGGCGGAAUGACUCACAGCAACAGUAUGCCCACAUUGACUGCUACAAAAGAUGGAAACACCAAGGUUUUACCUUUUGAAUUCCGAGCACUUGAAGUGUGCCUUGAGUCAGCCUGUAGAUCCCUAGAAGAGGAAACAUCGACUCUGGAGCAAGAGGCAUAUCCGGCACUAGAUGAGCUGACUUCAAAGAUAAGCACACUAAAUCUUGAGCGAGUUAGGCAAAUCAAGAGCCGCCUGGUUGCAAUAUCUGGCCGUGUUCAGAAGGUGAGGGAUGAACUUGAACAUUUAUUGGAUGAUGAAAUGGACAUGGCUGAAAUGUAUUUGACAGAAAAACUUACCCGACAAGAAAACAGUGAGACUUCAUCUAGGGUUGAGGUUGAUGAUCCUUCUCAACUGGAGGAUGAAAGGGAUGAAGAUUAUAGAAGUGAGGCAGAAGUAAGCAAUGGUAGCUUUAUUGGCUAUAAGCCACACAUUGAAGAACUGGAGAUGCUUUUGGAGGCCUACUUCGUGCAAAUUGAUGGCACGCUUAAUAAGCUAUCCCAUCUGAGAGAGUAUGUUGAUGAUACAGAAGAUUACAUCAACAUCAUGCUGGAUGAUAAGCAAAAUCAACUUCUACAGAUGGGGGUCAUGCUCUCUACUGCAACUGUCGUCAUUACUGCUGGAGUGGCUGUUGUUGGUAUUUUUGGUAUGAAUAUUGGUAUAUCGCUUUAUACUGAUCCUACAAAUGAUGACGAGAAACGAGCAUCAAACAUGAGAUUUUGGGAAACCACUUUGGGAACAAUUGCUGGCUGCACGAUUAUGUACAUAGUAGCCAUGGGUUGGGGGAAGAGAAGUGGACUACUGCAAUAAUGAAGGUGCCAUGAUGCAUCACAAGUUGACAAAUGCUGUUUAGACAACGUGUGGCUCUAUUGUAUGCUUAUUUAGCAUGCAUAACUGUUGCCCUGACGGCUUAAAUGUGCAAGGAACAGUGAGGUGAAAAGAAGUGAUCUCUUAUGUACACUUUAUGCGGCGAUGGGUAAUAUAACUGAGAGAUGUAUUAUGAUGUUACUCAGUUUUUGAUACUUCGUAUGGGUGCGCGAUUGUUUGUCAAACAAGGUGCAGACCAUUGCUGCAUUCCAUUGUAAUAUUCUGUGCUCUGCCAUAUAUGUAAGCUUCUUGUAAGCUGUAAAUGAACUACUACUACAUAAAGAAAUACACGAGCCUGGUUAGUGUUGGCA